AUGCCUCCUCUACCUGUCCUGACGAAUUUCAUCCGCGCGGGCCCAUAUUUCAUCAUGCUCAAGUGCAAGAACGGGACCUUGGGCUACCACUGUGAACAGGUGACCUUGUACAUCAAGCACACGAACCACUUGGCCAAGGGUGACAUUCCCCAAGGGUGGGCGGAGCCUGCCGGAUACAGGUCGUUCGCAGCGGGAUGGAACGACAAGGACAUGCCCAGCGCGUUCCCUGUUCAAUGCGGAGGGAGUGUCGAAGUACUAUCCGACAUUUGUGUCACCAUAGAGGAGAUUUUCCCUCCCCUACCACUCAAACGGAAGGCCGAGGAGCAGGGAGGUCGUGAGAGUUCCCCAGCAGGACCGAGUUCUGGCCGGGUUCUAACCAACGAGGAGUGGGCUACGGCCAACCGCGCUGUAUGGGCCGAGGCGUCCGCUUCGCAACGCCACAGGGAUCGUAUCGGAUACGCCAAGAAGCAGCGUCAAGAGAAUCGUUCCAAGCGCGAUGAGUGGGGACUCAAUACGGGAUAUUCUCUGCAAGUCGUCGGUCCCCCCAGUCUGUCCCCCGUACCCGACGACGUGCUUCCUCCUUCCGACGCGAUGGAGAUGGACACGCCUGCCACUACCGACGCCGACAAGGUUUAG